GACUAAGAGGUAUCUGGAAGAAUUUGCUCCGGUUGUGAUCAUGGCCGUCUGCGGGUUCAAGAUAUAACCUGCAACAUCUGCUCGGCGCUUACUCGACUCCCAGGCGCCUUCUUCCUUGGUUCUUCCCUCCUUUGCGUUCAUUUUCACUAUUGCAUUCCUUACUGCAUCUUUCCUUUGUUUCAAUAUAUAGUCACUCUUUUAGACCCAAACCCCCAGAUCUCAAUAUGAUCUUCAACACUGCCCUCCUCGCAAUCGGCCUGGCGCCAUUGCUGGCAUCCGCCCAACUAUCCGGCUCCGUGGGCCCGACAACCUCCUACGCAACCAAGGCAAGCCACAAGAUUUGCAACAUCCUCGACUACGGUGCCGUUGCCGACAAGAAGACCGACAUCAGUUCCGCCAUUAGCUCGGCCUGGAGCGAGUGCAAGAGCGGCGGUGUGGUCUACAUUCCGUCCGGCAACUAUGCGCUCGAAUCAUGGGUUACCCUGACCGGGGGUAAUAGCACUGCCAUUUGCAUGGACGGAAUCAUCUACCGAACUGGUACUGACGGAGGCAACAUGAUUUUCAUCGAGCACACCUCUGACUUUGAGCUGUUCAGCUCAACUUCCGAGGGUGCGGUGCAGGGCUUGGGCUAUGAGUUCCAUAAAAAGGGAUCUUCGAGCGGGCCUCGAAUUCUCCGUUUGUAUGAGGUGACGGACUUUUCGGUCCAUGACCUUGCUCUGGUUGACUCCCCAUUAUUCCACUUCUCCUUAGAUACGUGUGAGAACGGUGAAGUAUACAACAUGGCUAUUCGUGGUGGUAAUUCUGGUGGUCUGGACGGCAUUGAUGUGUGGUCUACUAACAUCUGGGUUCACGAUGUCGAGGUCACCAACAAGGAUGAGUGCGUUACUGUCAAGAGUCCUGCCAAGAACAUCCUCGUCGAGAACAUCUACUGUAACUGGAGCGGUGGCUGCGCCAUGGGUUCCCUGUCGACCGACGUCGACAUUUCCGAUGUCCUUUACCGCAACGUCUACACCUGGUCGUCCAACCAAAUGUUCAUGAUCAAGAGCAACGGCGGCAGCGGCACCGUCUCCAACCUGGUCCUGGAGAACUUCAUCGGCCACGGCAACGCCUACUCCCUCGACAUCGACCAGCAAUGGAGUAGCAUGUCCACCGCCGACGGCGACGGUGUGCAACUAAAAAACAUCACCAUCAAGAACUGGAAGGGCACCGAGGCCGAUGGCGCCCAGCGCGGCCCGAUCAAGGUGAACUGCGCCGCCGAUGCCCCCUGCACCGACGUCACGAUCGAGGACUUUGCUAUGUGGACCGAGUCCGGCAGCUACCAGAAUGAAAUCUGCAAGAACGCGUACGGUUCGGGUUCCUGCCUUAAGUCCGGCAGUGGCGGCUCGUAUAGCUCCACCGUUACUGUGACAGCUGCACCAACUGGUUACUCUGCGGCUACGAUGGCGGCGAACUUGAAGACUGCGUUUGGUACUGUUUCUUCUAUCCCGAUUCCUACGAUCCCUACCUCUUUCUACCCCGGUGCCACUCCUAUUAGUGCUCUGGCUGGUGCGCAGGCAACAUCUUCUUCAGAGGUUAAGGCGCAGGCAAUUUCUGCUUCUUCUUCCCCUCCUUUUUCUUCAAAGGUUAAGGGGCAGACAACUUUUUCUUCGAAGAUUAAGGCGCAGGCAACUUCUACUUCUUCGGGGUCUGAGACGCAGGCACAUUCUUCUUUAGAGUUUAGGGCGCACGAACAUCCUUUUUCAGAGUUUGAGGCGCAUGCAAAAACUUCUUCAGAGGUUGAAGCGUGCGUAUUCAGAGGUUGAGGGUUGCUAGUUGGCUAUGGUGGCGACGUUUUUGCAUAUUCUGCGGAUUCUCGCAUUAAUGUGCUGAUUCUGGUCUCUCUGAUAUUGUGACAAUCGAUAGACUUGUUUGUCGGUCAGAAGCAUUGUGAAUGUCUUCCUAUCCCUGAGGAAUAUGCAACUUCUACAGAGAGUGUAAAACCAUAAUUAGCCCACUUCUACAAGAAAUUUAUAUUGCUAAAC